AUGGGCGGAUGGUUCCAGUUAUAUGCCUUUGACAUGAUCGGCCUGAUCACAUUCUCAAAACGGUUCGGCUUUCUGGAUGCUGGAGAGGACACCAACGGCUACAUCAACAUCAUCGACGCCGCGAACCAAUAA